UUCGCUAAAGUAUAAAAGCAAAAACGGAAAGAGGUCUUAAAACCCUAAACCCUACUCAGCAAAGUCUGGGUUCUGUUCUAAUAUCAGAAGCCCAACCAAACUCAUUACUUCUCUCACUAACUCAUAAGCGGUACCCUAGAAAGAUCAUCAACCUCCUUCGCUGACUGAUCGACUGACCGGAGAGGAGGAUUUCCGUUGGCGGACUCGGGUUCAUUAAAACAAUUACUUCACUCACAGGUACGCCGGAAAAAAACAAUCACUUCAUUCACAGGUACGCCGGAAAAACAAUUACUUCAGGUACGUCGGAAAAACAAUUACUUCAUUCACAGGUACGCGCUAAUGAGGAUUGUUUCCGGAACAAAUAACGUUAUAUAGCCUUAUAUAUGUAAAAUUAAUAGGUAAGAUAUUGUUACAGUUAGUUAACAAUAUAUUUUGAGUUUUAGAAUGGCUAUGGAUAAGAGUUUCAGUCUAGAAUCUGCGUUGGAAAGGUUUCUUGCCCGCUGCCCAAAGCUUCUAUCUGUUCAACGGUUUGCUAAGUAUGCUAAAGAGGGAUAUAAAGUGACAGAAGAUGAGGUGGUGAGACUGUUGGCAGAGGUGUUCCUGCUGCCAAAUUACACAAUUCUGCUGAUGGGUUGUUUCCGCCCAAUAGUGAGAAUAAUUGUGGACAAAGCUGUAUGGUUGAUCCGGCUUGUCCCCAAUUUAAGGUCUAAUUCUAAUGAAGAGGCUGUAAAUUUUGACAUAGACAGAAUAUUAAUAGAACAUUCCGUUAUUGAGUUCUAUAAUAGUAUUGGGAAGGGUUUGGAUCUCCACGAGCUUGCUUGCCUCGCCUUCUGUCGUGCUCUUGAUUUGGAUCCUUCUUUAUCAGGGUCCGUAUUAAGUUAUUUUGAAUUUGCUCCUCCUCCAUUUCAACGCAUUUUGGUGGGACAGCCAAUCUCUGAGCUCUGUGUUAAGGCUGGAAGUCAUGUGCUACUGGCUGUCAGGGCAUCUUAUCGACUCCUCUUAAUGAACUUCGAUGAUUUUUCUAAACUUUGGGAUUGGUCCUGUUUUUUGGACCUUGUUAAACAAUUAACAAAUCCUGAAAUGAGCAGCUGUGCUGAAAGUGUAGAGAUUCUCUCGGAUAUGUGCAGCUGUAAUGAAAACGUGGAAGUGGUCUGCGAUCUUUGCAGAUGCACUGAACGAGUGGAGAUUGUUACAGAUAUAAAAUGGUGUGCAAUAAAGAUACUGUCAUUUGUUCUCAAAUUAAGUGAUAGAGCGACAGAAAAGCUAGGAAUUGGAAAAGAAGAAUCUUUUUUUUGUUACUUGAGAUGGGAGAAAUUCUGCCAGGAUGUCUCAUUGGAGAAGGCUGGCUGGUACAUUAGUGGAUCAUCUAGACCAAAUACGUUGGAGAGGUCUGAUUUUUGUCUGAAAAGCAGUGUGAAGGUUUUUGGAUUGGAUCCUGAGCCUAUUUGUUCCUCACAAGUUUCGUUUAAAGAGCCACCAAUUAGGAUUCAACGGCUAGCUUGGGAUCAUGCAUCAUCUUCUGGAAACCCAUUUGUUUUAACAUCAGCGGUGCAGAAAACUUUUGAAACAGUAUCAUUGGCAGUAAGUCAAAAGUGGCCAGUGCUCUUGUAUGGUCCUAGUGGUAGCGGAAAAACCUCUCUUAUUAGCAAGUUGGCCCACCUGAACAGUGAAAGACAAGUUGUAUCUAUACCUAUGGAUGAUCAGAUUGAUGGAAAAACAUUACUUGGAAGUUACGUUUGCACAGAACGACCUGGUGAAUUUAGAUGGCAACCAGGGACUCUUAGCCAGGCCAUUGUAAAUGGAUACUGGGUUGUUUUUGAGGAUAUUGACAAAGCACCCUCUGAUGUGCAUGCUAUCUUAUUACCUCUAUUGGAGGGCACAAACUCAUAUAUAACUGGGCAUGGAGAGGAGAUACGGGUUGCAGAAAAUUUUCGAUUAUUUUCGACCAUUUCAACAUCAAAACUUGAAGUAUCUAGUAUUAUUAAAGGGGGAAAUUCGAUUUCUGUAUUUUGGAGGACAGCAAUGCUUGGACCACCAAAAGUUGAGGACCUGAAAAAAAUAGUAAAGGAAAGUUACCCAAAUCUGGAACCUAUUGCUGAGAAGCUUGUAGAAACAUUUGAUAGGGUGAAAUCUUCUCCAUAUGAUCAACUUGAGGGAGUUCAGUACGAGAAUUCGGAUUCUGCUGGAUACCUAAGCAGGUUUUCGUUAAGGGAUCUACUUAAAUGGUGCAAGCGCAUAGCAGGGCUAGGCUUUAGCUUUGAUAUGAAUUGUGCAUCACUGUCAGCUCACGAGUGUCACUGCAUCUAUCAAGAGGCUGUUGAAAUAUUUGCUGCCUCGUCAACUUCAGUUGAACAUCGCUUGACUAUAAGGAAGGAUAUUGCCCGGAUGUGGCAAGUGCCGCCAAGUACUGCUGGAGAUACCUUGUAUUCUGCUGAUAAACCUAUAAUUCAGGAUUCACUUACUGAUAUAAAAAUUGGCCGAGUUUCUCUCCAACGCACUCAAACUUCUAUGCGUGCAAAAAGAAAAUCUUUUGUUGAGAUCCGAAGUUCUCUUACUUUGCUUGAGAGACUAGCUGCGUCAGUUAAAUUUAAUGAGCCUGUCCUCAUGGUUGGUGAAACUGGCACGGGAAAGACUACACUAGUACAGGAUCUUGCCCUGAGGCUUGGUCAGAAACUAACAGUUCUGAAUUUGAGUCAGCAAAGUGAUGUUGCUGAUUUAUUAGGUGGAUUUAAACCUAUGGAUGCUCAGUUUAUAUGCUUUCCCCUGUAUAAGGAGUUUUUAGACCUCUUCGUGGAGAAAAAAUCUAUCAAGGCAAAUCAUGCAUUUUUUGCCCUUUUGCAAAAGAAUCUCGCCAAAAAAAAAUGGAUAUCGGUUAUAAAAGGGCUUCGACACGGUGUUAAAUUUCUCCAAGAUGACAGAUCAACUAAAAGUGGAAGAAAGCGACAGAAGACAGAAGAGGAUGAACUUCGAUUAGAGAAUUUAUCUGGAAAGCUUGAAAUGGUCGAGGAUCAAUUAGAUGGUUCAUCUGGAAUUAUAUUUUCAUUUGUAGAGGGGGCUUUUGUAAAUGCGUUGAAAAGUGGUGAAUGGAUUUUGCUUGAUGAGGUGAAUUUGGCUCCUCCCGAGACUCUGCAGAGAGUUGUUGGUGUUCUUGAUGGAGACAGUGGUUCACUUUGUUUAACUGAAAGAGGGGAUAUUAGCUGUGUACGUCGACAUCCUAAUUUUCGUUUGUUUGCUUGUAUGAAUCCUGCAACUGAUGCUGGGAAGAGGGAUCUUCCGUUCUCUUUACGGAGCAGAUUUACUGAAUAUUUUGUUGAUGACGUCUCAGAUGAUGAAGAUCUCACUCUCUUUGUCAAUAAAUUUUUGGGUGACAGCGUAUCAAAUCCAGAAUUGGUGAAAAAUAUUGUGUCUUUUUAUAAGGAAGCAAAAGUAGACGCUGAAGAAAGACUGCAGGAUGGAGCUAAUCAAAAGCCACAAUAUAGUUUAAGGUCAUUGUACCGUGCUCUAGAAUAUACAAGGAAGGCCAAAAAAACUUUUGGGUUUCAGAAAGCUUUGUACGAUGGAUUUUGUAUGUUUUUCCAGACUUUGUUGGAUAGACCUAGUGCCAUGCUGAUGGAUAAGAAGAUAUUGUCUAAAUUGAUGGCAGGAAAAAAGAUUCCACAUGUACCUUUUGAUGAUUAUUUGGUAUCUAAAGUUGAUAAAGCUGAUAGCUUUACAGAGAAUUAUAUCUUAACUAAGAGUGUCAGGGAAAAUCUAAGUAUUGUGGCCCGUGCUAUUUUGGUAAAAAGAUAUCCUGUACUCCUGCAGGGACCCACAUCUAGUGGGAAAACUAGCCUUGUUCGGUAUCUUGCAGCUAUAACUGGUCACGAGUUUGUUCGAAUUAAUAAUCAUGAACACACUGAUUUGCAGGAGUAUCUAGGUACUUAUAUAACUGAUGCUGGGGGGAAACUUGUAUUUCAUGAAGGUGUAUUGGUUAGGGCUGUAAGAAAUGGUUGUUGGAUUGUUCUGGAUGAGCUAAACUUGGCUCCAUCUGAUGUGCUUGAGGCAUUGAAUCGAUUGUUAGAUGACAACAGAGAACUUUUUGUGCCUGAAUUGCAAGAAACUAUUAGAGCACAUCCAGAUUUUAUGCUUUUUGCUACUCAGAAUCCACCUACUGUCUAUGGUGGCCGAAAAAUGCUUUCCCGAGCAUUUAGGAAUCGUUUUGUGGAGAUCCAUGUGGAUGAAAUUCCAGAAAAUGAGUUAAGCACCAUAAUAACAGGAAGGUGUAAGAUUCCAGAAAGUUAUGCUAAGAAAAUGGUUGAUGUCAUGAAGGAGUUGCAAUUGAAUAGGCAGAGAAGCAAGGUGUUUGCUGGAAAACAUGGUUACAUAACUCCACGUGACUUGUUUCGCUGGGCUGAUCGUUUUAGAAUAGGUCAGGGUUGUUCUUAUGAUGAUCUGGCAAGAGAUGGCUAUUAUCUUUUGGCAGAGAGGCUACGUGAAGAAGGAGAGAAAUCUGUUAUCCGUGAAGUUUUGGAGAAACAUCUACGUGUUAAACUAGUUGAAAUCGACUUGUAUAAGGUUCCUGGUGUUUCUAAUGGAGUUGGAGUCGUGAACAAUGUUCAAUGUGUUAGUUGGAGUAAAAGUAUGGAGAGACUGUACUUUCUUGUGGAGCGUUGCUACAAAAUGAAGGAGCCUGUACUUCUCAUUGGCGAAACUGGGGGAGGGAAGACAACUGUCUGUCAAUUGCUGAGUAAUCGUUUGGGAUUAAAAUUGCAUAUAUUGAACUGCCAUCAGUAUACAGAAACCUCUGAUUUUCUUGGGGGGUUUUACCCUAUUCGAGAGAGAUCAAAAUUGAUGUCUGAAUAUAAGAAGAUAGUUGAAGAAUUGGUCAUACCUGAUGCUUUUAGCUGUUGCGACCAAGUUCCUAUUAUUUCUUCAGACAUAAGUGAGGCCUCUGCAACUCUGUCCCUGUUGCAAGCGAUGAUAGAAAAGUACAAACAAGGUUCAAUUUCAUGUCCCAGUGUCACUGAUCAACAUAUGAUGGAGACUCUGGAAGUAAUGUUGAUAGAACUCUCUGAGCUGCAUCAGAAGUGGCAAACAAUUUUCAUGUGGCAAGAUGGGCCUCUUGUUCAUGCAAUGAAAGGGGGUGAUCUAUUUCUAGUAGAUGAGAUUUGCUUGGCUGAUGAUAGUGUACUUGAAAGAUUAAAUAGUGUCUUGGAGCCAGAAAGAACAUUGUCUUUGGCAGAAAAAGGGGGAUCAGAUCUGGAGAAGAUUGUUGCUGAUGAUAAAUUCUUACUACUUGCAACUAUGAAUCCUGGUGGUGAUUUUGGCAAGAAGGAACUGUCUCCAGCUCUUCGUAAUCGUUUUACUGAGAUAUGGGUUCCACCUGUUUAUGACAUAAAUGAGCUUAGAACUAUUGCUUUGCAAAGGGUGUUACCGAAUUUCUCAUGCAUUGUGGAUCCCAUGUUGAUCUUUUGGGAAUGGUUCAGCCAUUUACAGAUUGGGAGAAUGCUCACUAUCAGAGAUUUGCUUUCCUGGGUUGAAUUUGUUAAUGUGACAGGAAGCAGAUUAGGAGCUGAGUAUGCAUGCAUUCAUGGAGUGUUCCUUGUUUUGCUUGACGGAUUAAGCUUAGGGAGUGGAAUAGCCAAAACAGAUGCUGGAGAGUUGAGGAAGCAAUGUUUGUCUUUCCUUUUGGAACAAAUGAAGGUGGACAAGGCUAAUUCAAUGUACUCAAAACUUUCAAGAAUGCAAAAUUAUGGCUGGGGAGAACUUAAUACAAUUGGUGAUGUUUCCCUAUGUGACAAUAUGUUUGGAGCUGAUUCUUUUUAUAUUCAAGAAGGUUCUGAAUGCUGUGAAGAUAAUGAAUUUAAGUUUUCGGCACCAACCACUUGCAGAAAUGCGUUGCGUGUAAUGCGUGCUAUGCAGCUCUCAAAACCUGUUCUCCUGGAAGGUAGUCCAGGUGUUGGGAAGACUAGUUUAAUUGUUGCCUUGGGCAAACUUCAUGGGCACAAAGUUGUACGGAUAAACUUUUCUGAGCAGACUGAUUUAAUGGACUUGUUGGGGUCAGACUUACCUGUUGAGAGUGAUGAUGGAAUGAAGUUUGCUUGGUCAGAUGGAAUCUUGUUACAAGCUUUAAAGGAAGGUUGCUGGGUAUUGCUUGAUGAGCUUAAUCUUGCUCCGCAAUCUGUAUUAGAGGGUCUGAAUGCUAUUUUGGAUCAUCGAGCGGAGGUGUUUAUCCCAGAGCUUGGUCUUACAUUCAAGUGUCCAUCAUCCUUUAGAAUCUUUGCUUGUCAAAAUCCUUCUUAUCAAGGGUGUGGCAGAAAGGGCCUUCCUAAAUCUUUUCUCAACCGUUUUACUAAGGUUUAUGUUGAUGAGUUGGUUGAAGAAGACUACGAUUCAAUCUGUAGUUUACGUUUUCCAAAUAUACCUAGUUCACUGCUUAAAAAUUUGAUUUUAUUUAAUAAACGGUUGUAUGAGGACACCAUGUUGCAUCAUAAAUUUGCUCAGGAAGGUUCUCCUUGGGAGUUCAAUCUACGAGAUGUGUUCCGAUCAUGUGAAAUUAUAUAUGGUGCACCGGACAAGUCAAAAGAGUAUUGCUUCCUUAACACUGUUUACCUUCAAAGAAUGCGCACAGAAGACGACCGCAGACAAGUGCUACAUCUAUACGAGGAGAUUUUCAAAGUAAAGCCAUAUAUAAAUCCUUCGCCACGAGUCCAACUCAAUUCACAAUACUUGAUAGUUGGCAAUACUUCCAUUGAAAGGAAGGGUGUUCAGUCAUCUAAAGUUUCUAGUGAUUCACUAAAAGUUUUGCCAGCAGUUCGUCAAAGUUUGGAAGCUGUGGCACAAUGUAUGAAGCAUCAAUGGCUGUGUAUUUUAGUUGGACCAACGUCAUCCGGUAAGACCUCCUUGAUUAGGUUACUAGCAGAGCUCACUGGCAAUGUACUAAAUGAAUUACAUCUAUCAUCUGGUACGGAUAUCUCUGAAAUACUUGGAUGUUUUGAGCAAUAUAAUGCCAUCCGGAAUUUUCGCUUUGUUGUUAGUCUAGUAGAGUGCUAUAUGAAUGAAUAUUGCGGUUCAAGCUUGGAGUACUUGCAGAAUACUUUAAUAAGUGAAGGAGGGUUUAUCUCCAAAUGGUUUUUUUUCUUAGCCAGUAUAAAUCAUGACGUUUUGUCAUGCUUUACUUCUAGUAUUGAGGAAGAUAGGAAAAGGCUUGUCAAUUCUCUUACUCUGCUGGAUGAGAUUAUAGAACAACUCAAAUUGGUUAUGGAAGAAAGCGCUCUAUCACUAUCCUGGUCUAGCAGAGAACUUGACAGAGCCACAAGGAUAGUUUCCAAGUUACGAGAGUGUCUUCAGAAAAGGUUGUUUUCAGCAAAAUUUGAAUGGGUUUCUGGGCAGCUAGUGAAGGCGAUAGACCGUGGAGAAUGGAUUGUACUUGAGAAUGCGAAUUGUUGUAAUCCAACGGUUCUUGAUAGGAUAAACUCCUUGGUUGAGCCAUUGGGAUCGAUUACAAUCAAUGAGUGUGGUAUUGUUGAUGGCAAACCAGUUAUUCUCCAUCCCCACCCUAACUUUCGUAUGUUCCUCACGGUUAAUCCAACUUACGGUGAAGUUUCUCGAGCUAUGCGAAACAGAGGAAUUGAAAUAUUUUUGAUGCAGCCUUGUUGGCUACCUGAUCAAUCCAUUGGUUUUGGUUGUGAUGAAUUUGAACUAAAAGAUGUACACAGAUUCCUUUCCUUGUCUGGUAUUCCCACUGAAAGUUUGGUGCAAGUAAUGGCCAAAUCACACCUUUAUGCUAGAAAGGAAGGCUUACGCUUCAAUAUUUCAAUAACAUAUCUUGAGCUUUCCCGUUGGGUCCAGUUGUUUCAGCAACUUUUAAUGGAUGGUAAUCAGCCUAUCUGGAGCCUUCAGUUGAGUUGGGAGUAUGUUUAUAUAUCAUCACUUGGUGAGGCUAAUGCCAAUAUUGUUUGUCAUGCAAAACAUACUUACUUAUCUAUUACUGGAUUUUCCGACUCUUCCUUGUUGGAUUCACCUCUGUGUGUGCCUGGAGGAUGGCCAAUGCCUCUGAAGUUGAGAGAUUUUGUUUUGUACCCAAGAGAAAGUACCGUAAAGCAAAAUUGCAUGUAUCUUUCCUUCUUGGCAGCUCAGUAUUUGUCAUGCAAAGUAAGAGAGGAAGGCUGUGCUUUGUACCAGGAUUCAACUGCUAGUGACUAUGGAGAACCUGUCCUGAUGGAUGUGAAGAAGCUACAUCAAAUUAUGUUACCUUGUGAUCCAAAUUUGACUACUUCAAGCUCUAGCAGUUCUGAUGUUGAAUUGGCCAAAUCAAAGUUGUUGUUUGCUGCCGAAUGGGUAAUAGAACAGUCCAAUGAGGAUGAUCUAAGGUUGUAUCUUCUAUGGUUUAGAACGUUUAGCUCUCGGUGCCAUGUCUUAUCUGAGUUCUCUAAUUUAGUUGAAGGGGUUAUGAAGCAUCCUAUUUGGAAGUAUAUGGUCGACUGCUACCUUAAGUGUACUCCAUAUCUAAUAGAUGAUGUUGAAAAGUUUCCAACACCAAUUCUAUCAACUGAGUUGGUUGAUGAGGUCUUGCCGAGUAGUGAAAACACAAAGUUCCUGUGUAAUGCUAUUAAAUGUGUGGGUCCUUUGAAGCUUACCUAUAGACAGCUAGGUGAUGAGUGCAAAAACUUUGACAACAAGGUAAUUCGUGGCUUCAAGCCAUUACUGGAAUUACUGCGGAGUUUUGAGGAGGACUUCCUCAAGAAGCUUGUUGAUCCAUCUUUCAUGCUUGUUGAGUCUCCAUCAUUUGAUAUUCUUAUUCAAAUGUUUUCUAAUGUUCUGGAGAACCACAUAGAUUUCUGGAAUAAUAUUGAAAAAUAUUCAAGUAAUGGAGAAAGGUCAAAGAACACUGAAGAAGACAUGGGAAAGCUGCUAAUUUCUUGGCGUUUGUUGCUGAGAAAUGCUGCAAAAUUGAAAGGAAUUUGUUCAGAAGCAUUUAAUCGGUUGCUGGACGAGAGUAAGAAGCUGGAAAAGGUUUAUUCUUGGCGAUUUCAUUCAGAGAAAUCCUUAUUGUGGGUUUAUGGUGGUCAUCCAAAUUUGCCGUCAUCUGCUCUUUUAUUUGCGAAGCAGCAAGAGCUUCUGAAAUUUUGCGAGUCAUGCUGGCCAACAGAGACAAGGUCGUUAAGGGAAAGAUCAUUAAAACCAGUGGAUCAUCGUUGGAUUGAAACUGUUGCAUCAUCGAAUUCCACACUUCGUUUCCUUGUAAUGGAAGGUGUUUCCAUGUUGUACUGUUAUGAGGAGGAGCUCCAUGUUGUCAUGCAUCUGGAUGAAAUGUCUGAGUUUAUGCAAAAGCUUGGGAAAUGGUUUGAACAAGCAAAAUCAAAUUUAGAGAAGCACUUGCAGCAUAACAAGCUUGAUGUUUCUGGAGCAAAUUCAUCUACUUUUUGUUCAUUCUCCAAUGAGAUAUUGUGUCAAAAAUCCGGUUUUGAUAGCUGGCGGUGCACUCUUCCUUUUGUUGACACUACAAGCUUCUACUUGGAUAUGGAGCUGCUUCAGGAGCUAUCAUCCGCCCAUUUGGCUGAUUCAAGGGAGUUACAGCUGGAUUGGACUAGCGUAUCUAAUCGCCUGAAGGCUACCUUGAACUUUUCGUUAGUCUUCUCAUCAAGGCCCCCGCAAAUGUUUUUGCCACAUCAAAAAAUGUUAUCAAUACUUGAUACAUGGACCUCAGUUGAUGCAGUUAAUGCAAAGGUUGCGACCUUUGUGCUUGAGAUGUGGUUUAGGUGGCAUCAGUUUUUAUGGAUUUAUUGCCCGAUUUCUAUCAAGGAGUUUUCAUCUCAAGGAAUUCCAGUUCCCGAUUCUUUCCAAACAGAAGAUAUUCCAAUACCCGAUGCUUCCCAGAAAAAAUGUAUUUCGUUGCCUGAGAUGCUGUUUCAGCCUGUAAUGAUGAAUACAGUUUUCCAAAUAUUGCAAAGUACCACGGCUAUCAAAGAUUAUUUUUCGGGCUCUUUAAAGCUCAAAGUUGCAUCAUGUAAUCUCUGGCGAAGCCUUUUACCUGGAUCGGACUUGCCUACUUUUCUUUUAUCUGCUGUUCGAGAUCUUUUUGAGCAGAUUAUAGUUGCACACCAGAAAGCUUUUGAUGCUGUUGUUUUCGAACAAAUAAAGUCUAAUCUCUGUGAUCUCCGAACAAGUAUGAUUGAGAAUGGAAGUCUGAAGCUUGAAAAGCUCCAGUCCCUCAGAUCCCUUAUUCUGUCUUCAAGCCAUAAUGGGCUGAAAAUGUCAUUGGAGAAGUUUAUUGCACCACUGCUCAUGGAGCUAUAUCGUGAUUGCUUAUCCACUGACUGCAUCUCUAAUGCUGGCCCUGCUUGGCUACGCCUUGGGGUUUUACGUUUGAAUCUAUUGCUUUGCUGUGAUGAUUUGGAUCCAGCUAUGAAAUACCAUUAUAAGGAUUCACAGCUGUCUGACAAGAUAUCCUCCUGUAAUCUUGAAAUUCAGGUGCGACGGGAAUGCAACUCUUUAGCUGGAUGGCUUUCAACAAGAGAAGCUGAUAAAAAACAAGUGCAAACUUUGGGAAACCUUGAAAAGGAAAAGAGAAGACUGCAAAGAAAGAUUGUGUUUCGCUCCGACUAUAGAAAGUUUAAAAACUUAAAACAUCGGUGCAAUGAGUUUCUUGCGCAUGCCUUAUCCAAAUCAUCAGAGUUUUUAUGGAGUGAUAUUGACACCAUGAGCUUAGAGCAGAUUCCUGACAAAGGGUAUAACUGGCAGAAUACAGCGACUGCUUUCAUUGAAAAGUUAUCAGACGACUACCCAGAAUACAUUGAUUUUGUACAACCUGUCCAAGUUGCAGUAUAUGAAAUGAAGUUGGGUUUCUCCUUAGUUGUUUCUAGUCUCAUGCAGAAAAAAGCUUUGACUACCAUAAAAGAAAAAAGUAGCUCAAGUAGAGUUAAUCCAUGCAAAAUAAAUGUGGUUACGGAUUCGAUUUAUACAUUUAUGAGAUUUCCUUUGGCUUCUUCUCCACAAACUGUAUCUAUCAAUCUGAAUAGAGAGCUGCCUGAGUUUCCACCUUACAAAGUAGAAGUCUCAGCAGAUUUCUGUGCUGCUGAUAUGGACGUACUAAAAGAGCUAGUUUCUUUUUCAUGUGAUGCUGUUACUACUAAUGAAACGAUCUCUCGUACACACCUGGAGGCUUCUCUGUAUCAGAAUAUUCUUUUCCGGACAGCACACUUUGUAUCUUGUACACAGAUGAUUGACUCUGCAUCCUUUAUGAUCUUGGAUAGUUCUUUUGGAAAGCUCACAGAUUUUUGGACGUCCAUGAAAUUUCAACAAGCUAAAACUAGAGAAGAACAAUCUCAGCAGUACAAGUUCAGGACUCGUGCAUUUAAGAUUGCUAGUAUUUUCGAACUUGAUAUAUCGAAUCUUGAGAAGUCUUUUGAAGGUGGGAGUUCUUCCGAGAUGAAGGAAUUCUUUUCCGAAUGGAAGGAAUCUGUGUCUGAUGAUCAACAUGUUGAAAAGCAGGAGGAUGCUUCUAAUGAACAAGAUAAUUCAGAUGAAGAAUGUAAUCCCUUGGAGGAAUCCGUUUUGAACAAUGUAGUCCAUAUUCACAACCAGCUUUUUGGGAUAAAUAGCCUUAUCAUAAAUUCGGGUGCUUAUCAAAUCUCUGACGAAGAUCGAUUUCUUUCUUUCAUUGACUCGUACACCAUUGGGACAAGGAUUGUUAGAGGCUUAGAAGGUUCAUUGUUGUGCAAUUUGGAUGCCCGUUUAGCUCCAGAGCAUUUACUACGUCUUUGUUUGGAGCACAAGCAGAAGUUUGUUCCAUCUCACAAGGCUGCCUGCAGAUAUAACUUCUAUAAGGAUUCAAAUGCUUUGGAGAUGUCGAAAAUGGUGAAAUUACUCCAGCUUUUACAAGAGCGACUUUAUUCUCUUUUAAAAGAAUGGGAAGAUCAUCAUGAACUUCGGAAGAUCUUAAAUGUGAUUUUGGCGCUCUUGAAUAUUCCAGUGACCACACCACUGGCUAAGGUGCUGACAGGAUUGCAGCUUCUAGUUAAUAGUCUUCAGUUACUUCAAGAAAAUGGUUCAAAAUUUCCAAUCUUUGAUCAACUGGAGGAUAUUCGUAUUCUGGUGGAGUCAUGGCAAAAGUUGGAGUUUGGGUCGUGGCCAGUUUUGCUUGAUGAGGUGUUGCAUCAAUAUGAUCUCAACGCAGGAAAGUUGUGGUUUCCUCUUUAUCCAAUUCUUUUGAAGCAGAGCAGUUCUGGUAUGAAUAAUAAUAUCCUAAGCUUGGAGGAUUUAAUCCAAACAUCCAGCAUUGGUGAAUUUAGAAGACGCCUUCAGCUUCUCUUUGCUUUCCUUGGUCAGACACAUAUGGGUUCAUGUGUAAACUUUUAUUCAAGCUCGUUUGUGAUGGAAAAUCUGAAGAUUCUAUACAACGUUUUUGGCUUUUAUGUGCAAUUUUUACCACGAGUUUCUGAGCACAUAGAACAUACCAGAAAAGGUAUAAAGGAGGAGCUGAAGCAACUUCCGAAACUAUGUUCAUGGGGCAUUAAUAACUCAAAGAAGACGAGGCAGAGAUUUAAGAAGCUCAUACAGAAGUAUGAUGAUUUUCUGCAACAGCCUGUGAUGCUUUUUAUUAACAAGGAUGCAGAGCAGAAAAAAGGAAAAUUUCAAGCAGCACAUAGUGAAAAGUUGGUCAGUAGUUGUGCUUCUGAUGCGAUCCUGCCCGAUGAUGAUGACAGGUUUAUAUGGUAUGAUGAUUGGAGAAAGAAAGCAGAUGGUGCUUCUAAAAGUUUGAAGCUUGAGUUACUAUCUGAAGGUGAGAAAUCAAAUGGUGCUUCAAAAAGUCCGAAGACUGAUUUACCACUUAAAGGUAUAAUUAGACGAUGCUCGACUUCCCUUGCCACUAGUCUUUCAUACAAGGAUGCUUGGAGUGCUGUAUUGUGCAAGCUGAACAGAAUUUCUAGAAUUGCUGUUGAUUGUGAUGAACUCUGGAACGAAGCAAACAAGGGUCAACAGAAAAGAAGAGCUUUGUCUGAACUUCUGAAGCUUUUAGAAAGCACUGGACUGUCUAGACAUAAACCUGUGUUUACAGAGGAUCAAGCUAAAUCUUGGUGGUUCCUCGAGCCUUUGCAUGAAUUUUUGCAUUUGUUGCCGGGACAAAAUGGACUGACGCAUGAAGCCUCUAAUGCUGCUUCUGCUAAAAAUAAGUUUGUUGCUGAAUGGGCUGCAACUACUGAAAAUUACUUUAAGAGUGUAGCAUCUGUGCUGCUCCUACAGCAGAUUUGCCUCAACUGCCACAAAGAUAUCACUCGUGACCAGGUUGAUAGGUCAGGCUCUUUUCUCCACCAGCUUAUUGAAAUACAACAAAAGCAGCAUAAUGCUGCUGUUGUUUUCGCUAAGAAUUUGAAGCGUUUUAAAGAUUGCAUUUCUAUUCUGAAAAACUUGUUUUCGAACUGCACCACUACUGAUGGUGGAACUCGCACCAUGUUUUGUAUUGUCCAAAACCAAGAUGUCAUCUUCAGGUGCAUGUGGCAGCAGAAAAAAAUAUUUGAUUGUUUGUGUUCUAUAUCAUAUGAUGAGUUGUUGUUGCUGAGAACAUUUGACAACACACAUUUGGAAACAUGUGACACGGUGAAAGCUGCGUCACAAGGAAUGCUUGCUUUGGUUGAGAAAUUCUUUCCUCGUUUUAAGAAUUCAAAGGAAUUGCUGGAUAAUACUCUUCUUGGCCAAGAUAGAGAUAUUACUAAACUGCCUGCUUCUCCUGAUCUUUUAGUUAUUUCAAAAGAUACGGAAGAAGUGGUAGCGAAUAACUUUCGUUUACUUAUGGAUUUUGAAAAUCAUCUCGCCAUGCAUAGGGAGGAUGCAAAUAGAAGCUCUGUUAAAACAACUUUGCUCGGGCAUUUUCAGGAAGUGCUAAAGAAGGGAAAAAUAGUGGAAGAGGAAUUCAAAUUGGCAACAAAAGAGAAAAUUGAAAAUGCUUCAAGUGAGAUACACGAAGAGUACACAUCCGACAGAAUCUUUUCUGAACUUGAAGCUGAAUUUCUUCUUGCUAUUAAAAGUGCAUUUGAGCAUAUUAAGGAGGCAAUGGAAAAUUAUAGCGUAGCAGAUGAGUCACUUGGGAGUAUCACCUCUUGGAGAUUUCUAUUCGAGUCAUUAGCUAUGAAUUUGAGCUUCGAACAUUUAUGUAGCCAGCUUCUACGGGUCAUAUCUUGUGCUAAAAAACUGCUGAAUCAGUUCGGGGAUAAGUGUUACAAUGUUUAUGCUCAACUUGAGCACCUGCACUUGUUUUUGGAUCUUAUGUCAAAUUUCGGUGAUGGUCUGUUGCAAGAACAGCUAGACAUGCAUAAAACAGUUUCUGCUGUGAUUUGUGUGCUUGCAGAUGUUCUGGCUUCUUUGUAUUCAAAAGGCUUUGGCAUCUGCAAUGAAGAUCAAGUCGAUGAUGCUUCAUGUGAUUCAUUUCAAGAUGCAAGUGGAACAGGAAUGGGAGAGGGUGAAGGGAAGAAUGAUGUCAGUGAUCAGAUAACUGAUGAAGAUCAGCUUCUUGGGGCAUCUGAUAAGCAAAAUGAAGAACAAGAUGCUUCUGGUGAAGUCCCCAAUAAGAAUGAUAAAGGUAUUGAAAUGGAGCAAGAUUUUGAUGGUAAAUUAUCUGAUGUCAGUGAGGAUUCUGAAGAAGAUAUGGAUGACGAUGGAGAGGAGGAGCAACUAGAAUCUACAAUGGGAGAAACUGGAGUUGAUAGUGAAGUAGUUGAUGAGAAACUGUGGAAUAAGGAGGAGGAUGAAAAUCCAAAUAAUUCAACUGAGAAAUAUGAAUCAGGGCCUUCAGUUAAAGAUGCUGAUAAAAGCUCCCGUGAGCUUAGAGCCAAGGAUGAUUCUUCUCCGACAGCGGACGAAGAUGGGGAGCUCAAUCCUGAAGAUGCUGAUAAACUAGAUGGUGAGACUGGAAAAGAGGACGAUCUUUGUGAUGAUGAUGGGGAUGACAUAGAUGAUGCCAACUUGGACAAAGAAGAAGCAUUUGCAGAUUCUACAGGUUUGAAGCCUGAUGACUUGGAGCAGAGUUUGGAAGAAGAAAUGGACUUGGAUAAAGAGGAUGUCGUAGAUUCUGUAGAAGAUGCAGGUCCUGAAGAGCAGGAGGAACUUACUGAUACUGGAAACUGUGAGGAAGAGAAUCCUUGUCCAGAUGAUGAAGCAAUGGAAGAUGCAGAAACGGGAGACCUGGAUAUGAGUUCUGAAAUGGAGGAACUAGAUAAGGAUCAGGAACAGAAUGCUGAGACGAAUACAUCUGGAUCCAAGAGUGAAAUGUCUGGACUGGGGAUUUCGGACAAUCUUGGUAACAAUGUCCCCAACUCAGAAUCACAAUCUCAACCCAAUGGGGAUUUGCAAGAGUCAGAUUCAAAUAAUAUGGUACCAGAAUCAAACUGGUCAAACAGCAAUGACACUCAUAGCGGACUUGCUCCUUCCAGAGGUUUACCAUCCAGCAAUACCUCUGAGCUGGAUAAAAUGGAUUCUGAGUUAUCAAACAGUAAGCGAGAGACUGGAGAUCAACCACAGACCCAAUUACCUUCCAAUGAGACGUCCUCAGUGCAGAAAAGCCAACCAAAUCCUAAUCGCAGUCGUGGUGAUCCAUACAAGGAGUGGAAAGAAAGAGUGAAAGUAUUUGUUGAUCUCGUGGCAGAUGAAACUGAAGCUCUGGAUGAAAUCCACGAUGAUAAUGCAGAUGAGUUUGGAUAUGUCCCUGAGUCUGAAAUGGGAACAUCCCAAGCAUUAGGUCUUGCAACAACAGAGCAGAUAGACACUAAUGUCAAUAGCAACAAAACCAAUGAAAAUGAACCAACCGCAAAUAAAGAUGACACAACAGAAAUGGAAAUUGAGGAGGAGAAUUCUGAACCUCACCCUGUGAAGAAUGGUUCUUCUUUUUCUAAAAGUAAGAUUGAGGAUAAAAUGACUCCCUCAGAAAUGGAGGUGACUCCUAUGGUAGAAUCUGAUGAAGUUCAAGCUUAUGAUGAUAAUGCCUUAGCAGGCUUAUCUGAUGGUUUGGUGUCUGUCAGAAAGGCUUUCUUCAAUGACGGGGUAGAUCAGCUCAAUAAGCUCUCAAUAAAUGAUGAGGAGUUGGGAAAAGCCCAAGAUCCUGAGGAUACUUCUAUUGAUUCUGUAGCUAACUCUACUGCUCUAUGGAGAAGAUAUGAGUUGCUCACAACAAGGUUGUCUCAGGAGCUAGCUGAGCAGUUGCGACUUGUUAUGGAGCCAACACUGGCUAGUAAGCUCCAAGGUGAUUACAAGACUGGCAAACGGAUAAACAUGAAGAAGGUUAUUCCAUAUAUAGCAAGUCAUUUUCGGAGGGAUAAAAUAUGGCUCAGAAGGACUCGGCCAAACAAGCGUGACUAUCAAGUUGUCAUUGCAGUAGAUGAUUCCCGUAGCAUGUCUGAGAAUUGUUGUGGGAAUGUUGCCCUUGAAGCUUUGGUUGCAGUAUGCCGUGCCAUGUCUCAACUGGAAAUGGGGGAUCUAGCUGUAGCAAGUUUCGGAAAGAAGGGUAAUAUCAGGUUACUUCAUGAUUUCGGUCAGCCCUUUACUGGAGAGGCUGGGGUCAAGAUUGUCUCCAAUUUCACAUUCAAGCAAGAAAAUACAAUUGCUGAUCAGCCAGUGCUUGAUCUGUUGACGUAUUUACAUAAAAAACUGGAUUCAGCAGUUGUUAAAGCAAGACUCCCAUCUGGUCAGAAUCCACUACAGCAGCUUGUUUUAAUUAUUGCAGAUGGACGGUUAACUGAGAAGGAGAAACUGCGGCGCCAGGUCAGGCAUUUUUUGAGUAGGAAGCGUAUGGUUGCAUUUUUGAUACUCGAUAGUCCACAAGACUCUAUUAUGGAUAUCCCGGAAAUAAUAUCUUGGAAAGAUGGACCGCCUUAUCCCAAGUACAUGGAUUCUUUUCCUUUCCCUUACUAUAUUGUUCUAAGAAAUAUUGAGGCACUCCCCAGAACACUUGCUGACUUAUUAAGACAGUGGUUUGAGUUAAUGCAGUAUUCGAAGGAGUAAACUCACUCAGUUCGGCUAAAAAUGUUCAAUUGGUGCGUGGUGAGAUUGCAUCUCUUACCCUAUGUUGGUAAGAGUCGGCCUCAUGAUAGCUUGUCUACACAUGCUGUAGGUUCUUCAUUUUUGACUUAGCCUGAUUAUUAUCAUUCUUUUCAAGUUAUCAUGUAUAUUAUUUAUUCAUUGUAUAUAUCUCAUACCCAAUUUUGUUGAAAUAUUACAUAUUUAAUUUCUCGAGGCCCGUUGGCAAUCUCAUGAUAACAUGUCCAGAAUUUUGAUACAUAUAAAUAUAGUAAAUGCACCUUUUGAUAA